GAAAACUAUGUAAUUGAUUUGGAAAGUAACAUGAUUUUUUGGAUUUUUCAAGAAAAAAACAUGCUCCCCGAUCCUUUAUUCGGUCUCCCUCGCUUUCAGUCUCUGAAGACGACAAUUUGGUGAACGAAACGCGCCUCAGUCAGUGUAAUCGUGAGUGUUGGUGUAGUGUCGGUGUAAACAGUGUGUUCAGUACAAACAAAACAAUGCAUAUUCACAUCAAAGAUGUCAGAUCUAACUUGAAGUGAAAUAUCACGAAUUUUGUGAGGUUAUGUAUGUAAAAAAAUAAAAUCCCCGCGUCUAGAAUAGAUUAUUCAGAAAAAUAAUUGAAUCGAUUAAUAUCAUGAACAACUACAGCCUCGGAUAAUUAUUUCAACGUCCUGGUCGAGAAACAAGAAUAAACUAAGGAUGCCUCGAUUUAUUUUUUUUUCCUUUUCUAUUUUUAGAAAAUGGGAACUCCGACUAGACGCCGACGAUACCGUGUCGACGCAGACGUCGCCACGUAUUAUCAGAUCAACGUCCAGUAAAGAAUAGAAAACUUUUUUUAAUACAAAAUUUAACAUUAAACGGACAGUUUUUUUUAUAUUUUAAGCCACAACAAAUCGGUAUAAUAAUAAUUUCAAAUAAACAUUUACCUCUUUUGCAAUUUGAUCGAGAGCUUGAUCUUCUGCAGCCGAUUUAGUAGCAAGCCGCCUUCGCCCCCCUACACCAUCCAUAGCUUGCAAAUGCACCAUAAAAAUCACACCACCUGACAACAAACAUAGAAACGCAACGACACAUAAUGAAAAUUUGAAUUAUUUCCAUUUACAGUGAAGUUUUUAUCAAGAAUAAAUCAAAAUGUCUCUAAAAGUAGAUAAAUUCGUAAAAUCUUAUAAGUCACUAUCUCAAAUACCCGCAGUAGUUAGUGGAGCGAUAAGAUCAAAUGGUGUCAUUAACACAAAAUGGACUCAGAGGAAUUUAGAAAAAGGAAAAAGUACCGAAUUUACUAAAGAUUUUUUUACUUCUAACUUAAAAAAGAUUGCCGAGUGCACGCCGUUAGAUGUUAGUACGGAGACUUUAUCGAGACUUUCACACAGUGAAAAACUCAGGGCUGUUCUAAGAGAUUGUGAUAAUAAACAGUUUUUAGAAAUAUGGCAACAACACAAUCUGAUAAGAAGCGUAGAUUUGAAUGCCUUAGAUAUCCACGGACCCGUUUAUGCAGACAGAGACUUCGCGUCCUUCGAAUGGUCACCGGAUGAGAAGAAAAUUUUGUAUGUCGCCGAAAAAAAGAAACCUAAAUCAGAUCCCUUUUAUAAAAGAAAAGCACCUACGACUAUAAACGAAUCCGGUGAUGGUAGUGGCGAACCAAAACCAAUAGGUCAAGAAUACGUAUAUGUUCAAGAUUGGGGAGAGCAACUAGUUGGUAAAAAAAUAUCGAUAUUAGCCCAAUAUGACAUUGAAAACGAUGUAGUUGAUAUUCUCGAAGGCGUACCUGAAAACAUAUUCGCUGCUCAACCAAAAUAUGCUCCAAAUGGCUCAUACAUAGUUGGGGUGGCUUAUCAAUUGGAACCAAGAAAGUUAGGGAUGGUGUAUUGCGCUAAUAGACCAAGCACUAUAUUUCAUUUGGAUUUUGAAGGAAAUUAUGGAAGUGUAUCACUUCAGGGAAAGUCAGUUAAAUCACCAAUUUGUUCACCAAAUGGGGACUACGUGUUGUGGUUACAAAGAAAAUCAGGAGGGCCUCAUGCUAGUGCUAUGCAAUUAGUUAAAACAAAACUUCCUUUAAAUGAAAAUGCUGUUGUCGAUGUAGUGGUGGAUAUUGUGGAUCAUGAAAAGAAGAUUGAAGAUGGGGUAUCUUUUUACGGUCUAUUUAAUACUGGAUUUAUUUCUAGACCGUGGGCUACUCGAAAUCGUUUAAUUAUAAAUGCGGAUCAAAAGUACAAGACUUGUUCUUAUGUCAUUGAUAUAAGUACCGGUUCAAUAACACAAUUGAAAAUUGAAGGAGGAAGUUUAAGAGUCUUAGAUGUUUAUGAAGAUAUUGUGCUAGCUGUUAAAAGAGAUUUUUUAAAACCAGAUCAAUUAUUAAUUGGAAAGUUGGGUCAAGAACAAGAAUCUAAUAUUAUUUGGGAACCACUCACUAGCACUGAAAUUCUUCCUAAUUUAGAAAAGUGCAUGUAUGAAUAUUUAGAUCUGAAGGCACCGAAAGGGGAUGUAUGUGAUUUUAAUGCCAUUUAUAUUGGUCCAAAAAGUGGUAACGACAAGUCUGUACCAUUAAUUGUUUGGCCUCAUGGGGGACCACAUUCCGUUUUUGGAACGUACCUAUUUUUAGAAGAAGUCAUGUAUCUAAAUCAUGGUUUUGCAAUGCUAUUGAUCAAUUAUAGAGGCUCAUUGGGAUCUGGUCAAAAAAGUGUCGAAUUUCUGCCGAGUAAAAUUGGUAACAGUGAUGUACAAGAUUGCAUUCAAGCAACCGAUGCAGCUUUAUCUAAAUAUCCUUGGUUAAAUCCGAACAAAUUAGCGUUGGUUGGUGGUUCACACGGUGGUUUCUUGGUAGCUCACCUCAGCGGACAAUAUCCGGAUAAAUUCAAAGUAGUAGUUGCCAGAAACCCGGUUAUAGAUAUUGCUGCAAUGAGUAUUAUUUCAGAUAUACCGGAUUGGUGUUACGUGGAAAUUGGAAAAGAAUAUACUCAAAAAGGCGAAAUUGAUAACGAUGCUCUAGCUCGUAUGCGCCAAGUAUCUCCUAUCAAUCAUGCUCAUAAAGUUAAAGCGCCUACCUUACUUUUGAUAGGUUCGAAGGAUUUACGAGUACCUCCUCAUCAAGGUACUGAACAUUAUUAUAGACUGAAAUCUAACGGAGUUGUUACAAAAAUGCUUUUGUACGAUGACAAUCAUCCACUUGCAAAAUUACCUAAUGAAUUUGAUAAUCUCAUCAAUUCAUUAAUUUGGAUUGAAGAUCAUCUUGAACUGGAAGAAUAACGAUUCACACGUAAUUUGUAAGGACUAAAUUGCAUUUAUAAACUCAUUUUUAAUAAAUAAUUGGAAUUCUA